UUGCAAUUCACGGUAGAAGCCGGGAAAAAGAUAGAAAAAGCAUUCAGACGAGUUUUGUAAAAUCUGUUGCAUGUUUUAUGUUGGUGCGCAUUUUUCUGUAGCAUUUCCUUGCAACAUAUAGAGCUAGUUUACCACCUGCUGCAACCAAACAAAGAAGGGCGAAAAAUUUGUGAGGUUUCACUUCAGUAAUAGCGUUUAAUUGAAUUAGCUCCACCACCGCAGUGGUACCGUAGCGAGUGUUUCUGGUAAAUAUUCUUGGUGAAACCGUAUCCAGAACCAGUAGGCAAAAUGGACGUUUGGCUGCCAUUGGAAUCCAACCCCGAGGUACUGUCCAACUAUAUGGUCAAGCUGGGCGUAUCGCCCCUCUGGAGUGUCGUUGACAUCUAUGGAAUAGACGACGAACUUCUGGACAUGGUUCCGAAGCCGGUCAAAUCGUUGAUCUUUCUAUUUCCCUGCUCCAAAGCGCAUGAGGAAUUCCGUGCCAAGGAGGACGAGGAACUGAAGGGCAAAGAUGUCGAGCAUCCCAAAAGUUUAUUUUUUACCCGUCAGAUUGUUCACAACGCCUGUGGUACGAUUGCUGUGAUUCAUGCCAUUCUCAACAACCCGGAUAUUGAGAUUGAGCAGGGCAGUGUUUUGCAGAAGUAUUUCGACAGUGCCAAAGAUCUUUCGCCGGAUGAACGCGGUGAGCUGUUGAACAAAAACGUGGAGUUGAAGACAACACACGAAGAGAAUGCGCAGCAGGGUCAAACCGCAACUCCCAACAUAAAUGACGCAGUCUAUCAUCAUUUUAUCGCGUUUGUACAUGUGGAUGGUACGCUGUACGAGCUUGACGGGAGAAAGAAUUUCCCCGUCGCACACGGCAAAACAACGCCAGAAACGUUGUUGAAAGAUUCUGUGAAGGUUUGCAAAAAGUUUAUCGAACUGGACCCGAACGAGGUGCGCUUCACGCUGCUAGGACUCGUGCCGACCCAGUAAGGGACUUGUAAUGGAACAAAAAAACUUCGCUUCUAAUGCUUCAAGCAGAACUAAAAUAAUGUAGGAAACAAAUGGCUUUUAAAUCACACCGUCAAGCAGUACGUUCCUUUGGAAAUAUUAUUAGCAAUAAAAUCUCAUCCAUGCGCUUUUAUGUACGUCAUUGUCUA